AUGUCCUACCGGCCGAUCCAACAACUUUUUCCCUACCUCCGUUCGUUAAUUAUUGUUCUAACCUCGUGCCUAGUACCUUCAACCCUUCAGUUACACUGUCUCUUCACCUAUAUCAAAAACCGUAGCGGUUUCGGAGGGAGAGUGCAAGCAGAUGGCGUUUCACCAUCGCUGCGCACACGGCUUACAGCGCUUUCCGGUGCAUGGCGUGAACAAAACUCCUUAGCGCUCUUGUUCCCAUCCGCACCGUUUGGUUGUUCUGUGUCUCACUGCGAAGAGGUUUCAUGGAGAAUUGACCCCCCCAGCCGCCGUUGGGGACCCGUCUGCUUGUUCCUAUUCGCAGACGGUUCCUUUACCUUGGCGGACGGCUCAUUGCUCAUUUGGACUCCUGAUAAGGAGGGAGCCUGCAAGUACAUCAUCGUCUCUCGCCUCACAGGCUACCGCUUGAACACAAUAUGA